AGACAGAGGGAGAGAGAGAGCAGUCCCUCCUGCUCAGCUUCUAGCCAGCCUGUCAGGUGAAAUGCUCUCCUUCCGCUGUUUCUUGCCUUCUAAUCCUCCUGUAAAUCUCCUGUAAUCGGGUGAGAGCAUGCUGCCUCCUGACAAACUUACAGCUACAGGCUGCCUGCUGCCUGACUUUGCGUUCAUUGUCUAUGUAAAGACCAGGGAGGAGGAUUGUGUGGCGGUGGUGAUCCAUCGGACAGCCUAGGCACACGGUAAGGAGGGGGUUAGAGCAAGUUAGCUGGAGCAGCACGGGUCUGUUGUUGCUGGUACUUAGCCAGACAAACCCAGAGGAACAGAGGAAGAGGGGAUGCGUAUGCUGUAUUGACCCAGGAAGACGGAGAAAGGGAGUAAACAAAGGGAGAGAGAAGAGGACAAUACCCUCCAUUGGAUAGACAACCGUUUUAUGGGAGCAGCUGUGAUGUGGUAAUCAUCAGCAGGGUCCAGACAGGGUCCUCUCCACAUCUCAUCCUCCCGUGGCCAGAGGAGGCCUCUUGGUCGGGUGUGAUCCCCUCCUCUCGGUGGUCCACCUGGAGGUCCAGUGAUGGCUCAUGCACAAGAUGAUCCCCAACUAGGCGCUGGUCCGUCCGAGGAUUCUGAACUCUCUGAGAAUGAGUCCGAAACGGCAAGCUUAGUGUCGGAGGACUCUAUCAUGCCAGACUAUGAGAUGGAGCGGGGUAGAGGAGGCACCACCUCUACGCUGUACGAGGCCUGUAACAGGAACGAGGCGCUGACGCUACGGAGGGUCCUGGAGAGGGGGGUUACUAAGGAAGAGGUUAUGGAGCUGGACAUCAAUGGCAUGAAUGGUCUGAUGCUUGCUGUCUCCAGAGGCUAUGUGGACAUGGUCUAUGGUCUACACACGUGCCCACUGAUCGACAUUAACCAUCAGGACAAUGAAGGCAACACAGCACUGAUGAUCGCUGCCCAGGCCGGCUACAUCUCCAUUCUAAACUUCAUCCUGAACUACUACCCUAAGAUAGACCUGGAGGUGAGGGACAACCGGGGCUUCACUGCCCUCAUCAAGGCAGCCAUGCAAGGCAGGGUGGACUGUGUGUCUUCCCUCCUCAUGGCCGGUGCAGAUAUCAAUGUAGUGGAUGAGGUCCGAGGGAAAAGCAUCACGGACUGGGCACUGAAGACGGGUCGCUUCGAGGUCCUGCAGCGUCUCCGUGUUCUCCAGGCGCACCCCAUCGCCGAGCAGUUCUGCGACAGCUACGUGAUUGAGUGGCCCAAGCUGAAGGAGCUGGUUGCCAAAGCCAUGAUCCCCAAAACACUGACUCAACGUCUGAAGGACAGCCUGACCAUUAGCUUACCCAAGGACCCUCAGGACAACGGAGUGAUGGACCACCUGGUGAAGAUGACCACAUCCAUCCACAGCCCUCUAGUCUCCACUGGCUGCCGGCCCCUCUGCCCCACAAGCCCCCCCGAGCUCGGGAAGCGGCGCCUGGCCGUGCCGGAACUGAUGGAGAAGCACAGCAGCAAGGACCUGGAGGAAAGCUCUGUGUGUCAUAGUAACGGUGUGAAAUGUUCCUUCACGCCUGCGCCAGUGUCGUCGAGCUCCUUCUCGCUCGCCAACUGCUGCUCGAACGCGGAGCGGAGCGAUAGUGUUCUCUCGAUGGCUGCCAGUGGCAUCCGAUACCUCAUCCCUUGUUCCAUGGCCCACCGGAACUCUGUAUUCCCGUCUGGUUGCAUCCCCAAGAUCACCUUCACCAAGUCUCAGGACAAAACACCAAAGAAGGCGAAGAAGGUGAAGAGGCACAAGGGCCACCUGGAGCCUCCGGUCUGGAAGUACAAGUCAGAGAAGCAGGAGAAGAAAAAGGAAAAGGAGAAGUUGGAGGAAGAGAAGCAAGCACAAGAGAAGGCACGUAAGAAAGCUAAGAAGAAGGCAGCCAAGGCGGCGGCCAAGUCAAAGGAGCCUGCCAAGGCAAGUUAAACUGCUGUCUGUAAAGUGCCACAGAGUGAGAGCACAGAACCCUGGGAAAAUAAAGCGACCUCUGUGCUGUCAUCAGACGGAAGAGGAAGCGAGACACCCCACUCGCAGUUUUGUUUACUGGUUGAAUGAAAGUCAAUGAACUAAGUAGACCAGACCCAGUUGCUAUUGCAUUGGUGUCUAUGGGAGACCAUUUUUUUCAAUGAUAAACGGCCUGAGAGAACUAUCUUGAAUUAUCCACCAUCUUUGCUGUCAUCUCCUACUAACUCCAUUGUAUCCACUGUGAUGAUGUCAUAUAAGACGGACAAGGGGACGGCUCCCCUGUGGUGGCACCUGCCUGGGGUCAUCAUGGAGGCCCAGUUGCAGCCCUACAGUGGGGCCUCCAAUAACAUGGGUGGAAACUAGUAUCUGAGCCGGACUAAGUCUAAUAGAUGGACUGUUUUUCCUCUCUGCCGGGAUAUGCUGCUGUAAGGACUGUAAUGGCCUGGACAUUCCUAGACAUUAUUAUUCAUGUAUCUUUCAUGUGGAAUUCUCUUUCUGUUUUAAAUUAUUUUGAUGAUUUAUUUAUUUUUGAGAGUUCAGUCGUUAAAAAGAUCAGUAGAGUUUGUUUGGUCUUCCAUGUUCUUAACUAACCAAUCGAAACUGUGAAGGAACCAGAGCCAUAGCAAAGAAAUAUCUCAUUUCUGAUAAGCAAGGUACUUCCUGAAAUAGAAACAGGACAUUAACAUGAGUUAGGCAAAUGAUGAGGGAGGAUUAUGAACAAGUUUUCAGAGUUGCACGUUUGAUAAACCUCAUGGUCAGAUAUAGCACACCCAGACCUGGGUUCAAAUACAAUUUAAAAGCAUUUCAAAUGCUUCAGCUGUGCUUGAGAGAGCUUGCCUGUUGAUAUGGAAACAAUAGAAAAGUCCCAAAAGUGCAAACCACACCCACCUGGCACUCCAGGCAAGCUAAAGCAAACGCUAAAUGUUUUUGUAGAUUGUGAAUAGUAUUUGAACCCAGGUCUGACCACAAUGCAAAUCUGAGUUGCAAUCUGCUCUGUGCUUUGUUUUCCUAUGUACUCCAAUUAGCUGUCUUCCAAAAGAAGUAGAUUUUACACUGUUACCGAUGAGAGGACUUUUGACUUUUAUCAAGAGUAGUAAUAUAAUAUCAGGGAUCCCCUGAGUUUUGAUGAGGCUCAGGUACUUAAAGAUAAACCUGAGUGGCUUAUUAUUACGGUGCACAAACCUGCUCAGUUAGAAUAAAUUGUUUGUUGAUCCAGGUCACAUGUUGUGAUGGAGCUGAAAUUUGAAGUAUGUUAUUCAGUAGGAAUCAAUUUCUGUCCUAAUAGUAUGUCCUGUUUUUUUUUAAAUAACACCAUCUUCCUCGUCAAAGAUCCAGAAAAUCGUAUGUGUAGUGGCUAUAGCCAGUCAAAAACCAUUGAGACGUCAGAUACGGCUCCUACAAUAUGAAAAGAUACGCUAGGCCUAAUGAAUAUUCUAUUACGAAAGCAAACAUUAAAACGUUUAAAAACACAACAUCCAUGUGACUUAGUGAUGAUCCUUCUUCCCCCUAUAUCCGAUAGAUUUAGCAGCUUUGGCUAUAGGCUAAGCUGGGUUAGUGUGUAAGCUCAGUGAGCUUGUUAACUGGUGCUAUUAUAGUCACAGUCAGAUCAGACAAUAACCAUACAGCCUAACCAUGGAUACAGCUGUAACCAUGGGGUGUAACCAUACAGCCUAACCAUAGAUACAGCUGUAACCAUGGGGUGUAACCAUACAACCUAACCAUAGAUACAGCUGUAACCAUGGGGUGUAACCAUACAACCUAACCAUAGAUACAGCUGUAACCAUGGGGUGUAACCAUACAACCUAACCAUAGAUACAGCUGUAACCAUGGGGUGUAACCAUACAACCUAACCAUAGAUACAGCUGUAACCAUGGGGUGUAACCAUACAACCUAACCAUAGAUACAGCUGUAACCAUGGGGUGUAACCAUACAGCCUAACCAUAGAUACAGCUGUAACCAUGGGGUGUAACCAUACAACCUAACCAUAGAUACAGCUGUAACCAUGGGGUGUAACCAUACAGCCUAACUAUACAGUACCUUCAGAAAGUAUUCACACCCCUUGAAUUUUUCCACAUUUUUUGUGUUACAAAGGGGGAUUCAAAUGCAUUUAAUAGUCAUUUUUUUUGUCAACGAUCUACACAAAAUACUCUGUAAUGUCAGUGUGGAAGAAAAAUUUUAACAUUUUUUGGGGGGUGAGAAAAACGGAUUAGAAAAGCGUUCAACCCCCUGAGUCAACACAUGUUAGAAUCACAUUUGGCAGCGAUUACAGAGACUUUCUGGGUAAGUCUCUGAAAGCUUUGC